AUGCGUUUCACAGCUCUCCUCGUCGCCGGCAUGGCCACCAUCGCCUCCUGCAUCCCUGCGCAGCAAGUGGCCGACAACAUCGGCCAGAUUACGACACUGUCCCGUGACCUCCAAACCCCCGCCAAGUCGCUUAACAUUUUGGAUGGCGCACUUCUCACCCUCGGCCAGGGCAACUUCCCCGAGAGUCUUUCCACGCAUGACUUUACGACAGGAGGCUUCACCGAAAUUGUGAGCGUCGGUACCGCCUUUGCAGAUGGCAUGGAUCCCGAAACCUAUGAUGAGGACGAAUCCGCAAUCAUCUUUGACGCUUUCCGAACCUUUGUCAAGGUUCACCAGGAACUCCUGAACAUCCUGAUUGGAAAGGCUGGCCUCUUUAGCACAGUUCCUUUCAUUGGCCAACCCGUCGCAUCAGUUCUUCGCGCUGUCGAGGGUGUCGUCGACACGCUUGCGCUCAGUCUUAUCGACAUGGCCGAGUCUGCCGCACAGGAUCUCCAGGAAGAGGCGGAUGCACUCGGCAGCACACUGGAUACUGCUAUCGGCACAUACUCGGGACUUAGUCUGUAG